AUGCCUUCAUCUACACAAAAUAUAGAUCAGCGAAGGGUCGUCGGCGUCGAGGCCGAAAUCGUCACAAAUGUCACCUCCACUGACUUUCCCGGGCACUGGCCGAAUGAGGACCACUCCUGGGACAUCAACAAGUUCAAGCAGUCCUUCAAAGUCGUCUUCCACAAGAACAGCCCACUCUUCGCCGAGUUCGACCUGAUUCACAUUGACGCCUCAAUCGCAAACACAUUCCGUCGGAUCCUGCUCGCAGAGGUGGCGACGCUAGCAAUUGAGACCGUCUAUGUAUCCAACAACACAAGCAUCAUCCAGGACGAGGUGCUGUCCCACAGGUUGGGCUUAAUACCCUUGACGGGCGACAAAGCGGCAUUACGAGCUAUGAAGUGGUACACCAAAGCCGCCCCCGGAGAAGCCGCCCGUUACCCCACCGACGAAGACACCAUCGUCCUCCACCUCCGCGCUGCCUGCGAACGCCUCCCCGGCGCCAAAAAAUCCGAAACCGACCCCGACAAGCUCUACAAGAACCACUCCGUGCACGCCCGCGACCUCAUCUUCGAGCCCGCCGGCAAACAAGUCCAGACCUUUGCGGCCAACCCCGUGCGCGCCGCAAACCCCGACAUCCUCAUCGCCAAGCUGAGGCCAGGCCAGGAGAUCGAUGUAACCAUGCACUGCGUCAAGGGCAUUGGGCAGGACCACGCCAAGUUCUCGCCUGUAGCGACGGCGUCAUAUCGAUUGCUGCCGCUGAUCAAGAUCAAGAAGCCGAUCCUGGGGCGGGCGGCGGAGAGGUUUGCCGCGUGUUUUCCGAAGGGGGUUAUUGCGUUUGAGGCGGAUCCGAACACGGGGGAGAAAAUGGCUGUGGUUGGGAAUGCAAGGAAUGAUACGGUGAGUAGGGAGGUGCUGAGACAUGAGGAGUUUAAGGGCUUUGUAGAAUUGGGGAGGGUUAGGGAUCACUUUAUCUUCUCUAUCGAGUCCUCGGGCCAAUUCGACGCGGACGAGCUGUUCCUGUCGGCAGUGGCCACGCUGAAGGCGAAGUGCACAUACCUUAAGCGCGACACGCACAGAAUGCUGAAGAAGCAGGCACUCGAUGCCCGCAGCGGGAGGGAUCAGAGUAGACUAAAGCGUGGUGACCGGGGCUGGAUGGAGUAA